ACAUUUGUAACAAGUCUCAAUUAUAUUAAAUUUCUGCUGUUGUUAUUUACAGUGGUGUAUGGACUGUAGUUCCGUAUUAAUUUUAUAAAAGAUUGUCAUUACCACUACAAAAUGGUAGUUAAUAUCGUGUUCGAGAUUUAAGAAUACGGAAUGUUCAAUAUUAUCUAAUCUGUAUAAAUAUUAAUAUAUUAUACAUUUUCAUGUAAUCAAAUCAACUACACCUUAUACUAUAGUUUCUGUAAUGUUAUAGAAUAACUUUCCGAGAUCUAAUUACUAGUUCAAACGCAUUUAAUAAUACCUAGGUUGCAUUUGUGAAUAUCCAAAUAUCAAUUAUUUCAAGAAUCCAAGCGUUGAAUAUUAAGUAAAAUGGAAGUUAUUGGUGAUUAUGAAUACAACAGUGCUAAUCGCUUGGGACUUGGCGCUUUUGCUAUUGUCUUCAAAGGACGCUCUAGAAAAAAACCAGAUAUGGAUGUAGCUGUUAAAACAAUAAUGAAGAAAAAUAUACCAAAAACUCAAAGCCUAUUGAAAAAAGAAAUAGAUAUUCUGAGGAAACUAACAGUCCUUCAACACGAUAAUGUUGUACAUCUUCUAGAAUGCCUGGAUACUGAUGAUGCAUUUCAUUUGGUUAUGGAGUAUUGCAAUGGCGGUGAUUUGCAGGAUUAUUUAAAUGUCAAAGGAUGUUUAAGUGAAGACACAAUACAAAUAUUUUUAAGACAACUUGCUGGAGCAAUGUAUGAAUUUAAUAAGCAAGGAAUACUUCAUAGAGACUUAAAGCCUCAAAACAUCCUAUUGAAGUUUUCAGGAGAAACUCGUUAUCCGGAACCUAAUCAAAUCACUCUUAAAAUUGCUGAUUUUGGGUUCGCUCGAUGCUUGGAUGAAGGAGUAAUGGCAGCUACAAUGUGUGGUUCUCCAAUGUACAUGGCUCCUGAAGUAAUUAUGUCACUGCAGUAUGACGCUAAGGCAGAUUUGUGGAGUUUAGGUACAAUCAUAUUUCAAUGUUUAGCUGGUAAAGCUCCAUUCUUUGCCAAUUCACCUGCAGGAUUAAAACAAAUUUAUGAAAAAACUAGCAAUUUAAUGCCUAAAAUUCCUCCAGGGACAUCGUCAGAUCUAUCAAACUUAUUAUUUGGACUUCUAAAGAGAAAUCCAAAAGAUAGAAUAUCAUUUGAAACCUUUUUUGAUCAUACCUUUUUAAAAAUGAAACCUCCACCUGUUACCAUGCCGUCUCCACUUGCUAACAGCCCAAAAACGCCAUCUGUAUUUGAUCAAGGUUAUCAAUAUUCCGUCAGUCCUGAUCUUUCUGAUGAAUAUGUUAUAGUGCCUUCAAAUAUACCUGCAUACCAUCACGAGAAAGACAUCAGUGCUAGUCCUCCAAGACCAAGUACACUUUCCAUACAAACCCAACAAGAUUACAAUAAUCCACGAUCUCCAUUGAAAUCUGUACCUAGAUCUCAGCCUAUUACAAUGAAUCCAAGGGCUUCAAAGAAUAUAAUUGGACCAGAUUUUUGUUCUAUAUCUCCACCAUCAGUUCAGUUUAUGCUCGGAACUCCUCCAUCAGGAAGAAGAAUAUCAGAAACGCCACCAUAUAAUACAUGGAACUUUACACCAACAAGUUCUCCAUUAAAGAAAUCAGUUCUAAGUUCGCCAAUUUUGAACACACAACAAUUUACAUUUAACACAAACCAAAAAAUAGGAACAGUUGGCCUGCCUUUCAGUAAUAAUAACCGCGCUAUGACUUUACCUGAACUUGGAAACAUAACUUUUCCAGAACUUCCGCAAGAAACAAUAUUAGAAAAAGAACACAUAGAAACAUUAGCCAAACUUAAUUUUGUAUUAGCAUUGGUUGAAUGCAUUGUUGAAUGUGCUUCUCCUAAAAGACCACGUUAUGAACGAUUAGUGCUUUUAAUUAGAGCAUUACAAUUACUUAGUUCUAGCUUAAGUAUAGCUACGUCUGAACUCAAAGCUGGUCGAUUACAACCUUCUACAAAUGUUAAAAAUGUGGUACAACAACUUAAUGAAACUUUUCACAAAGUUUUGGACGACUGUAAACAAAUUAAUGUACCAAAUAUGCUACACAAUACAUCAUCAUCCACUACAACAGCUGAGAAGUUAUUAUAUGAUUACGCUGUGGAAAUCUGUGCUAAAGCAGCAUUAAAAGAACUGGGCAACACACCAUAUGAUUAUUUUAAAUCUUAUCAGACAGCACAGAUACUCCUACAUAGUUUAUCCCAGCAAGUAAACUCUCCGAGCGACAAAGAAAUAUUAAUAAGAUAUCGUGAUGCAGUAGAAAAGAGAUUGUCUAUAUUGCAAGACCAAGGUUAUGUUUACUCAAAUACAGUUAACGGCAACAAUUCCACUUGAUUAAUACUGAUAAAUGAUAAUGAUGUGUUACUAAUUCUUCACAAUGUUCUAGUCUUUUUUUUUUUUUUAUUUUUAUGUAGAAAUGUGUUAUUUAACUUGGUCUGUCUUAUUACCUCAACAAAAUCAUUGAAACAAUAAUAUUCACAUUAACAACCCUAACUCUAUGUAAUAAAUAAUAAUUAUUAUAAUUAUUAUUUAUUAUGUAAAAUGCUUAUCUUUUUGAUGUAUAAUUUUUAUUAUUAUUUUUUGUAUUUAUAUACUUGUAUAUCACAAUUACAUACAUAAAUAAUUUUAGAGUAAAAUAUCAAUUUACAAUAAUUUGCUAAUAUUUGGUAACCUGUGAUUUAUACCUACAUAAUUCAAUAAUAUUUAUUUACUGUAUAUUAGAAAGUUAUGACUUUUAUUGCUCUAUGAGAAGCUUUGUAAAUACAUUUUUAUUGUAAUAUUCUUUAAUUCUAAAUUUCUAUCAUGUUUUUUGAAAUUAUACUAAUUAACUGUAUAGAGUACCUAUAUGAUAUCAAAUAUAUUGAUAUAUGUAUUAAUAUUUAAAAACUAGAAACAAAUUUUACAAUAGUUAAUACUUAUACAGUUAUAGGUACUUGAAAAUAAGUACAUUUAUAAAAUUAAAAGUUUUUUGAAAAUAAC